CCAGCUAUUAUUGUGACGGCGCGGUUCCGACGAAAAAAGUUCAACGUUUUCAAAAACAAGAAAAGUGAAAUUACUGAGUGAAGAAAAGUCACUAAAUUAGUGAAAAUCGGCGCUUUACCAAGUCCAAAGGUGCCCGCAUCAGCCUCCACCAUCCCCUUGAGCUCUGCAGUAGUAAAUUUCCUGUUUUCCACCCGACGCCCGGCCUCAGGAUGGUUGAUUACGGCAAAGAAUUUAUGUUGUAUCUGAUGGAUGAAAAGUGUUACGAUAAAUACUUUUUGGAGUUAGACCUUUUGGAUGGAGACUGUUUUCGAGCCCUGUUGAGCAAAGGACUUGGCUUCGGUAUUAUUGCCGGCUCGGUGCUGGUGAAGGUGCCGCAGAUCACGAAGAUUCUGGCGAAUAAAUCCGCCCGCGGUAUCAGUCUGUUCAGCGUGUGUCUCGAUCUGUUUGCUAUCACGAUUCACAUGGCGUACAGCUUCGUGAAUGGAUUUCCGUUCAGCGCUUGGGGCGACACGUCCUUCCUCGCUCUGCAGACGGCUAUCAUCGGCAUUUUGGUGCUAUUCUUCGGAGGUUCUCCUGUCGCUUCAGCUGCCUUCACCGUCGGUUACGGAGCUCUGGUGUACGUGCUGAUGGGAGGCAUUACGCCGCUUAGCUUUUUGCUAUUGGCUCAGGGCUUCAACGUUCCGAUCCUUCUGCUUGGUAAGCUGUCGCAAGCCCUUGCUAACUAUCGUAACGGUAGCACCGGCCAGCUUUCGGCCGUGACCUGUUUUAUGCUACUGGCCGGUUCCUUGGCACGCAUCUUUACCUCGAUCCAGGAGACGGGAGAUCAGAUGAUGAUCAUCACCUAUGGUGCCUCUUCAUUCGCCAAUCUGGUUAUCGCUGUGCAGGUGCUGUACUACUGGAACUCGGACAAGUCCAAGAAAGUCGCUGCUUCCGGGGCAUCGACCGCUGCCAAGAAACCAAAGGCAAAGAGCAAGAAAACCGACUAAUCAAAGGUGCGACUAGUCAAAUAGCCGAUUUUUUCAUUCAAUUUGCUGCUAAUACCUUAGGUGGUUUGGUUGCGGCUUAGCGUUAACUAAUGAUCGAAGCGAGCGUAACUCAUUCCCCAGACAACAC